CUCGACGAACGGAUCAUGAGACCGCUAUGAAUCAAAACAUGCCGCCGAUCAUAACAAUAACGCUCAUCCCAAUCAUCGUCGCUUUCGUUCAGGAAGCGAGUGGGGAAAGGAAUCUAUCUUGCUACCAAUGCGUCAAAACAACACCAGAACCUUGCUCUGAAGAAGAGUUGCUUCCAUGCCCAGCCAACAAGGACAGAUGUGUCACUCACAUAACAAAAGAACCUUCGAAAGGCUACAAAAUCAAACGGGAAUGCGGCCUCUACCCGUGCAUGUUUGAUGACCUCAUGAUGAACCGAGGCCUCGGCCUGGACGGCUGCGACAUGCAGAAAGACGAACUCUUCUGCCUCUUCUGCUGCAAAGAGAACGGCUGCAACAGCGCCAGGAUCAGCGCUGGCUUCGACGGAAUGCUCAUAUUUGCAGCGAUCAUCGUCUCGACUUUCGGAGCGAUCAGCGCUGUCAGAAUCGUCCUAUAACAAGACUGUUACAUUACACAGCUGAAGUCUGACAAAAAAUAAAAAUUUAUUUAUUUAUAUUAACUUGAAAAAUUUAA